AUGGCCUCACCUACGACUACCGAACUCCCUUCAAGGGCCACAACUGGUUUCAGCACCCAGAGCGAAGAUGCUAUCCCUGAAGUCGACCCCUCAAGCACUGCUGGUUUGCUCGCCGAGCGACUCCAGGCAUGGAAGCAUGCUGUCGGUUAUAUUGAGGAAUAUAUGAAGGCUAUGGAGAGAAUCCAUGGCCACCACGCCAAGGAGUAUGAGAAGGCGCUCAAGGCUAUCAACAACCCUCUGAAGGAAGGCCACCAUUUCGACCAGAGCCUUGGCGGUGUUGCUGGUUUCUUCGAGAACAUGCGCUCCAACACCCAAUCCCUUAUCAAUACCAAUAUCGAGACCGAAAAGAGCAUCAAGGGCUCCGUCCUUCCCGUCCUCGAGCGUCUGCACAAGGAGAUCAAGCACAAGGCUAAAGAACUCGCCCACGGUGCCGAGAAGGGAGCCAAGGAGGUCGACAAGGCCCGUAACACCACUCAGAAGCAGAUCGAGCUGCUUGGCCAACACUCUGCCUCUUUCGACUCGGCCGGAGGUCAUCUUAACAGUCACGAUGAUCCCUACGUUGUGCACCGCGGUGUCCUGCAUCGCCUGAACAGCCAAGUCAUUGCCGAGAACAACCACCGAAAUGACCUGAUUGCUGUUCAGAACAACUUCCACGCCUUUGAGGCUCAUGUCAUCGAGGUUGUUCAGCAAGCCAUGGAGGCUUUCACCCAGCUUGCUGGUGGCCAGGCUGACAAGACACGAGCUCUCUACAACGACCAGCUGUCAGUGAUCCAGCGCGUUGCCCCCGACUUCGAAUGGAACGCCUUUAAGGCUCGCAGCGGCGACCGUCUCGUCGACCCCAACGAGCCAGCGCGUUCUGUUGAUGCCAUCCAAUUCCCCAACAUGGACCACCCUGCUACCAGGGCUCUGAUCGAGGGUUCUCUGGAGCGCAAGUCGCGUAACAAGCUGUCUUGGGGAUACUCGACUGGCUACUACGUGGUUACUCCCUCCAAGUACCUCCAUGAGUUUAAGGACUCGGAUAACAACCGCCAGGACCCUAAGCCUGAACUCUCUGUCUACCUUCCCGAUGCCGUCAUCGGAACUGUCCAGGGUGAGAAGUUCAGCGUCAAGGGCAAGGACAAGGCCAAGACCAUGAGCAGCAAGUUCACUGGUUCCACUGAACUCAACUUCAAGGCGCACACAGCUGCCGACGCCCAGAAGUGGUUCCAGAUUCUCUCCGAGUGCGGCAAGACCACGGCUCCUCUUAGCACAGGAUCCAGCCCUGCCGGCUCUGCGCCUACAUCACCUAACCCUCAGGUUACCGCCGACCCUCUGGACUCCAAGGUUCAGUCCCCUAUCUCUCCUGCCAACGAGCCAGGUGCUCAAGAGGCCGGUGUUGUAGGUGGUGAGGCUCCUGCCGCAGCACCUGUCGCAACACCCGCGGCGGCUGAGAAGAAGGAGACCGCUGCCUAA